AUAUCGGUCUCUGAUUUUCUUUUACUCAGUGCUCCCGAGAAACAAGCAAGUUUUUCAAACUUCCACAAAGUUGGAGCAUUUGCUCAAGCAAAGACAAAGGAGUACAAGCGUGAUGUUGAUGAGGUGCCAUUCCUUAACCUCCUCCAGCCCGCACCACUGGCCAAGUUUGACAUUGAGGACCUAAGUGAGGACAGCAAAUCCACGACACUCAAGAGUUCCUCUAGUGCUGAUCAGAUAGAUGGGUUAAAUGGGAGUAUGUCUAAAGACAGCAGCAGUAGUCAGACCUCUGCCCCCGACGAUUUUGUCAUGGUGGAACUGAAGACUCCCUUUGCUGGAGCUGAUCCAAACACAGAUCUGGGAAAGUUCUACCGUGACUGUCAGGGUGCACCGAUGCUGGAGUCUUUUAGUGAGGAGAAGAAUGUUGUGGACACGCUUGAGAUGAUCUCUAGCCAGCUAGUAAUCUUUGAGACAGACAUGAAAGAUUUUGACGCAUUUAUGACCUCGAUCACAGAAAGUUCCCAUGAUGGAUUAUAGUGAAGAUUUCCUCCUGUAGAUGUGUAGAGGUCAUAGACAGAGGAGUCGGUGUCCCUCAAAACUAAUACCCAAUAGAUGAAGGCUAGACAGGGUCAUUGUCCCUCAAAACUAAUUAUACCCAAUAGAUACAGGCAUGAUUAUAUUUUGUGAAUAGUGUUUCAUAAAAAAACAUCUGCAGUCGUUCAGACGAAUGACUCUUACAGGUAAACCACACCUUGCUUAAACCUGGUAGUAGACAUCAUAUUCAGUAGAUUCCUCUUUUUAUAACAAGUAACAAAAAUAUGACUUGUGCUGUCUUUCAAAUAUAACAGUGUUAACUAAUUACCAGGGAGUUUGUGCCCCUUUGAUUAAAAACGUUGUUCACAAUACUCUUAAAGUACAGCACAAAUAUAAAUAAUACUUAGUACAUGUUACACUUACAUUGAGAAGAUGUUAAUAAUAUAUAUAUAUAUGUUUGAUUUACCUAUAUGUGGAGUUGUGCCCUUUUGUUUAUUGCAAAAAAGCUAUUCCUACAGUUCUUGGCGCAGGUAGGGGUGUAAGUCUGCCAUUCUAGUGACACUUGUACUUAAAAUGUGCACAUUUAAUGAAAUAGGACUGUGUCAUCCUGUUCAUUUAUUACAGCAGAUGAAUUUGGAGUGAAAUAGGACUGUGUCAUCCUGUUCGUUUAUUACAGCAGAUGAAUGUGGAGUAAAAUAGGACUGUGACAUCCUGUUUGUUUAUUACAGCAGAUGAAUGUGGAGUGCAAGGAAACUUAACUUAUCAAUUAUGCAGUCGAUAUAAUGCCUUGUGUGCCUGUUGGAAAGUGCAUUGGUUUUCAAACUCGAGUAUCUGUCUCUCUGCAUCCUGACGUGAGUUUGAAACCAUGUACAUAAUAUAUGUACAACUUCCAGCUGGUGUCCAUGCUAUACAAUGUUGAGCUGUGACGUUAGUUACACAGUGGUAUUAUCCAUAGAUUAAUGUUUUGUUUAGGUCUGGUCAUGCCCUGGGAGUUUCAAAGAUGAAACUAUUAGCCCAAAAAUAGUAUUUUUAGCUCACCUGCCGUCAUCCGUCGUCAACUUUUUCUUUAAAACCUAUCUCCUCCUAAACGCCAGAGAGGAUUUCAACCAAAUUUAUUUAGUCUGAAUCAUCACAAGGGGAUGGCAAUCAUUUCUUAAAUAAAUUAGGUUGGUUCGACCCCUGAGGCCAGGGGGGCUGGGCCCUGAAGAGGAACUUA